AUGGCGACCAUACAGGAGGCGGAGCAAAUUGUGCGACGGUUGACCAGGAAGUAUGGGUUUCUGAACGAACAAAUGAUGGACGAUAUCGAACAAUUCAAUGCCGAAUAUCGUCGGGAGAUUGAUGAGAACUGGCUGGCGAUGGAAAGCGCUGUAUCGCACUCCGUCAAGAUAUUGGCAAAGCAGAUCUACGGCAGUGGUGCUCGGUUUGUCUUUGAACUUCUUCAGAAUGCCGAGGAUAACAUCUUCAACAAGGCUCGCGAAGCAGAAGCGCUGCCUUUCGUCUCUUUUAAGAUAUAUCCAAAUAAGAUCAUCGUCGAGUGCAAUGAAGAUGGCUUUACAGAGCCAGACUUACAAGCUAUUUGCGCAGUUGGACAAAGCACCAAGUCAGGUUCUCACGGAUACAUCGGCGCCAAAGGUAUUGGUUUCAAGUCCGUAUUUAUCGCAGCAUCGAGAGUUCAUAUUCAGUCUGGGAAUUUCUCGUUCGAGUUUCGGCACAACAAGACGGACCCAGGUAUAGGCAUGGUCAGACCUAUCUGGGUAAAUCCAGUUGAGGCCAUUCCCAGCCCUCUUACCCGUACGACUCUAUACAUCCAUGACCGAGGAGACCCAGACGAACUUCAACAUCUGAAGAGGAUUAUUUCUAUGCAAUUUGAUGAUCUACAGGAAACUUGUUUGCUCUUCCUGCGAAAGCUUGAGCAAAUCAGCCUGGAAUUCUAUGGUGAGAAUGGCGAACUGGAACGAUCAAAGUACUUUCGCAAGCAUAAGAUCGACGACUAUCGCGUAUCUCUGGAGACUACAUCUGGUGUUCGUGGAGACGAGACUACUCGAAGUCAAAUCUAUCAUAUCACAAGACAAAUGGCGACCAACUUGGCCCGGAGCGACAACCGCGAGCUUCCUGAUACCAAAGAGGCUAAGAAUGAUUCCUCCAAGGCUGAAGUCGUUUUGGCUUUUCCAAUUACCGACACCUCUGAACCACUUGUCACUCAGAAGAACCAAGACCUGUUUGCAUUUUUACCUCUCAGAAGAUCCGAUUACAAGUUUUUAAUCCACUCCGAUUUUGAUACGAAUGCCAAUCGGCAGGAUAUCGUCACCACAUCACGCAGGAAUUUCGACCUUCGGGACUGGGUUGCAUCUGCGUUCUUUCAGGCGGUUCUGCAGUUCUGCGAGCAUCCUACACUCUGCUACACCUGGCCUAUGUUCCUCCCGUCCUCCUCAGAUGCUAGUUCCGAUGCAUUCUGGUCAGGCCUUAAUCACGAGAUACAAAGAUUGAUGAAGAAAACGCCAGUUCUGAAAUCCCGAAAUCGAGUCGAUUUGCGCCUGAUAGGCGACGUUGUCAUUCUCCCCCUCAGUGCCCAGGAUGCGGAAGGAUAUCCUUUGUUUGACGACCCGACUAAAGAUCUUUAUCUUUCACCUAGCUACUCACAAGUGGCAAGGGACAUUCUCAAAGGCUACGGGCUAGGGAUCAUGAACAUACUAGAUUUCCUCAACUUACUGGAAACUGAUAUCCGCAGUCCCAACUCCAGGUUCUACGGAGAAAAUACGACCGAUGAAUGGCUCUCAUCUGUGGCACGCGCGUUGUCCAAACAUUACGAGGGCUCUCCGUCUAUACAACAGAGAUUGAAGUCGUUGCCUUUGCUCCCUCUGAGAUCCGGAGCAUGGACAUCGACUACAUCUGGGCCAGUGUAUUUCCCAAAGACGGGGGAUCUCAACAUCCCUGAAUCUUUAGACCUCAAGGUUAUCGCAGUUCAUGCAUCCAGUAAUCCGGAUAGGAGCACCUUAUUCCAACAACUUGGAGUCUGUCAGGCCACAUUUGAAGACGUGAGAGCAUCAAUCCUCAGAUCGUUCACCUCAAAGAAAUCCUUAACGCUCAGAAUCAUAAAUGAGCAUUUGAGCUUUCUUUAUCGGACACACCAGACCGGAAAGCACGGGCCGAAAGAAUACAUGGGGGUAGGGGUCGUCACUGGCGAUUUGGUGGGAAAGAAGCCGCCUGAGACGGAUAUAUAUCUCCCUGGAAAAUCGCAUGCGUACAGUCCUGCAAGCCUUUUAGACAUCGAAGCGGCCUCGCCAGGUUUAUCCGUGGAUUUUUUACAUUCGGCCCACAUGGAAAACACCCCAGACAAGCCGAGCUUAUUACACCCAAGCUGGGAGACGUGGCUAUGCGAUUCUAUCGGUGUACGUGAUCGGUUGAGACUCAUUUCACGAGACAAAAGCGGCUUAUCGGAUGUCUUUCUGUAUGUCUUUGAGCACCAGCCAGAGAAUUUCUUGGGGUUAUUUGAGCAUCUCUGGUUACACGAAAAACCAGGUUUUGUGACAAGUCGGGCUCUCCGAUGGAAGAUUGAAGAUCUACCUGCCCAGAAACUCUGCGGUGUUGACUAUUCAAUCAAGCUAAAGGAAGCCUGGCUUCCCCUCAACGAUUUGCGACAUCUUGUCGACCGUUACAUGGAAUACCCUAAGCAAUUUCCCUUUCUCAAGCUCAAGGAAUUAGAAACAACCGAACAGAUUGGAUCAAAAUGGCAUUUCCUGAGUGACUACUUCUCAGUCAGUAAAGACGAUAGCGUGGAUUUCCUACUCCAAGUACUCCAUUAUAUUCAGAAAUCCUGCCCUAAACGGCCUUCCGAAAGCCAAACUCGAAAGGUGUUUGACUUGUACAUCGCCAUAUACGCCAGACUUACGGUUGCUAGUGAUGGGCCAGAAGCGAGGCUCAAGAUUAAGCAAUUCUUUGACAACGGAGGAGUCCUCGACCCUAAUCAGAAUGAUCCUAUGUGGACAUCAUCCCCGCUUUGUUUAUGGACCGCACCGCCAGAUAUGAUCAUGUUUCACUCUCUUAAGGCUUCCUACAUGGAAAGGAUAGAUAAUGAGAAGUUUAGGAAUAUCGAGAACCUAUUCAAGGGAACACUUGAGAUUCCGGAUGCGUCGCUGGAUAACCUGGUGACCGAGCUGACUGAACUCCGGGAGGAAGGUUGCGAGGACAUACCUCGCAUACGGGCAAUCUAUGAUUACUUGCACAAGGCAAAAAUACCUUUGCCCCGUUUGAAAGCUGCAUUUGAGGCAUCCCCCCUCAUCUAUUGUGAAACGCGACAUGGCGAGUCUGGCUGGUAUAAGACCUCGGAUUGUCUGUGGUCUAGUGAAACAGUUAUCCGUGGAAAAGCCAUUCUGGAUGAAUGUUGGGAGGCUUAUGAGAACUUCUUUGUUGGCAAACUAGGUGUGAGGCUGCUCACCUUGCAGAUGGUCUAUGAUGAACUGCGGCAAUCAUCAGGGACCAAUACGGAAGAGACCAAAGUAGCUGUUCUGUCACUCAAUGGUCUCCUACAAACAGAAACGACACGACUGGAUCCGGAGCCGAUCAGACAAGCCAAAGUCUUUCCGGUCAGAUACCCAACUGGCACUGUCGUUUUGAGCUCUGUGAGCGUUGACUUUGCCAUUGGAGAUCGGGACAAAUUGAAGACGAUGUUUCGUGACAAAAUUGCUCUUUUGGACUUUGAGAUGGAUGAAGUCCGUCGCCUCAGACCGUUGAUCGAAUGGCUGGGACUCCAGUAUCGAUACUUGUCUAACUCUGUUGAAGAAAGUACUUUCAUCUCCAGUGAUUCGGAGCGUCCGAUUUCUACAGCCAACCGAGACCUCAAACGCAAGGCUUACCAUAUUGCUCGUGUCGCUUCUACUUUCAAUAGCCCUCGAUUUGAGGACAACCCGCUCGGUCUCUAUGAGCAACUUCGCACGAUGAGAAUCGUGGAGGUCGAAAGAAUAUCGUCUGUGUUGAAAUUAUUCCAAAACAAACACCCGUUCACGAUCCCAGUUGCAACCGCCAACGAACAUAUUGAAGAUACAACAGGAAACCUCACGAUUUAUGUCCCAAGAGAGCGCAGAGCGCAGGAGCUCUGCUUCGGUUCAGUCCUUCCAAGGAAAUUCGCGGCAUGGCUAAUGCACCCGUCGAAGAGCCUCACCGAUGGACCAGUAGAGACGGACAUAGUUAAGGUCUUGACUGCAGUCUUUGCAACUGAAAGAUUCGUCCUUGAUGAUGUCCUCGACGACCAGGGAAUAUUAACAGUAUCUUUCGACAACCAGGAUGAAGAAGACAACAGCGACGAGGCAGAGGAGCAUCAGGCAGACGAUCAAGAGGAAGAAGGCCAAGAACGACGACUAUCAGAUAGCCGCCUCGAAACCGAUGAUACCUCUACUGAGCAACUAACACCCGAGCGUUCUUCUAUAAAUGCUAGUACACCACCAUAUCGUGGAUCCUCUGGAAAUUCGCCCGAGGGAAGCCCUCCUGGAACAGUCGUCGAGACCAUCUCCCAGCGAAGUCAGAUGUCAUAUCAGCCUUAUUCAGGAAGGCCAUUACACCACCCAACCGACCAGGUUCCUUCAAGCCAGCUUUCGGCUAUGGCGUCACUGCCUGAACAGCAAUCUUUUGAAGAUGCGAGAUAUCGCUCAAUCCUAGACAGGGUUAUUGACAAAGCCCGGAAUGCGGUAUUCCCAUCCAGAGGGUCAUUUGACAUGACCGAUAUGCGGAAUGCUCUACCUGGAGGUGAUACGGACGCUUACCAGAGUUUUGAUGGGAUGGAUGUCAUGGGUCAAUUUCGGUCAACUAAUCAGCUGGAGCGCGACAAGAAGGUUGGGGCUGCAGGCGAGUUAUAUGCUUGGAGAGGGAGAGAAACCGCCGAUCUGGUCUACGACGAUGAUGAGGGACACUUGACAAACACGCUGAUCGGUUGUGGCUAUCUUGGUCAUGAUGCGUGGCAUGGAGCUCGGCCCAGAUAUUAUAUAGAAGUCAAGACAACGACUGGGCCGUGUAGCACCGCGUUCUACAUGAGCGGCAAACAAUACCAGCUGAUGCAGCAAAUUCACCACACCGAAGACCGUUCCGAGAUAUAUAUGGUCUUCCGCGUGUUCCAGCUCGAUAGCGAUGGGAUUGGUCUGUGUGUUUAUACCGACCCAGAGAAACUCAGGCAAGAUGGGCGUCUGCUCUUCAAAGGACAGGCAUGGUCUAUCACCCCAGGAGCCAACACGGGGUAG